CAAGGAAGUGUCGGAAAUAAAAUGCUAAAUUUUCAUUUUAAAUACAUUAGUUGCCAGCUAGUGAGCAUUAGUUGUCCAUUCAGAUGAUAUUCAAUUCCUAAUUCAACCAAAUUCAAUGGAUUUUCAAAUUUUGUUUUGUUUUUCUCUAUUGUUUCCAUUUUCUUCGUUGAUGCUCAUAAAGGAGAUAAAAUCUGGUUCUGAUGUGAAUAAAUUUAGAAAUUUCAUUAGACUAUUUCAUGCGGUCACUCCACCGCGAUGCUUCUGGAGCAAUGCUACUUACGAUAGAUAUCCAAGUAUAAUUGGCUCAAAACUUUUGGAAGAGGAUGUGGUGAUUCGCACUUUUCCAAGUGAAGCAAGUUUGUAUCGUGAAAAUACCGAAUUAACCAAGAAAAUGAGCAUGGAACUGGAAAGCUGUUAUGGUUUAUCGAAAUCAUCAUUUGAUAAGACAGACGUCGUCAUGUUGACAUUGAUAGAGAAGGAUAUUGAUAAUGUUACAUCAAAUAUUAUUAAAUCUAUCAGAGUUGAUCCUCUUUCAGUUGAUUUCUACCCUCACAAACUGCCCAUGGAACAAGUCAAGGAAUAUGUUGAAUUUUUCCGAUACAGUCCAGACAAACCAUUUUGUAAAUCUGUCUGCAAUGAUCUAAACAGAGGUAUCGAAGUAGAUGUUAUAAGUUACAGAGAGUUUACACAAAGAUGCCCGAAAAUUAGUUGUCCAGCUUUUCUAGAGGAAACGGAUUAUCCGAAAUUAAUGGCAGAAAUGGAAAAAUUCAUCAGAACCAUGAAAUAUCUCCUUUUAUUAGUCAUUCCAUUGCCUACAGAGUUUUGGAUUGCAGGACAAUGGACAGUUCUUGAAAUUGAUAACAAAACUGCUUCAUUAUUUCCAAAAUUGACUGAAAAACAUUACUUUAUUGUCACUUUCAUUGAUAACAAGAAAAAACAGACUAAAGCUCGAAAAAUUGAUGAAUGCAGAAUUAUUUUGAAUUAAACUCAAUUCAUUAUGCUCGCUAA